GUAUGUUAUACACCAUUCAAACUACCGAAGAAGAAGAAGAGUGCACGGAGGUGCGGGAAACAUAAACACGUUCUCAGGUGCAUUAUGGGCUCACCUCUGCUUUCUGUAGCUGAGCAGCUUUUGAGAGACCUUCAGAGAACUUACUCGGAGACAAAGCAGAUACCAGAUGACCUACUAAUAGCAUUGCGAUUUGUGUUCGGCCCAUGUGCUCUUCAGGCAUUGGACCUGGUGGACCAGCGCUCUGUCACAUGUGUGUCAUCACCUAGCGGUCGAGAUGCAUUUCAGGUAUUAGGUGGAUCAGGGCGUCUGUACACGUGCUUCACGUCCUGCCACUACUGCCCGUGCCCCGCAUUCUCUUUCACUGCGCUCAGGAGAAACGAGAGUCUGAUGCAAACCGAUGGAAGUCCUUGGAGCCUUGCCCUGAGAAUAAGAGGAAAAUACCAACUAAGCAGCUUCAAUGGCAGGACAAAUAUGUGCUGGGAUACAACACCCAUAGGCUAACAGGAUAGAGAACAACAGAAAAAAGAACACUACAAAGAAAGAGACAAUGCUUUGUUAAGGUCUCUCAGUGUGUCCAUGCUGAACAGGCAGAUGUUUUGUCUGUGUGAUACUGGUUCAGCUCAGAUUGUUUCACAGCUAUCAAAAUGAUGCUGCUCAUUUAACACCAGUAUAAUAUAUGAAAGAAAGAACAAAACCUUCCUUCACUUGUCUUAAUCUCUGUUCUCCUUUUGGCAUUGAACCCCAGCAGACAGUGUUUUUGAUGAAACACAUGCACAUCUCAUAAAGGCAAGUCAGAUGUCUCUUCCAAUUGAGCUCACUUGUGUGCAAGAGAUUGUUCUCGCAACAAUUAUUUUGCUGAGGUUUUCCUUUCAUACUAAUCUGAAACCAGCUCUGCCAUUCUUUCAAUGUUCAUUUACUCAUUACUGAUUUUAUGUGAUUAUAAGUAAAAUUCUAAAAAAUUCUAAAAUGCAAUUUGCUGCUCAAGAAGCAUUAAUUUUUUAUCAAUGUUUAAUGUUCAAUUUUGCAACAAUUUUUGCUGUCACUUUUGAGCAAUCUAAUGCAUCCAUGCUUAACAGUAUUAAUUUAUUUUACAAAUAUGUUAUUAACCCCAAACUUUUAAACUGUAAGCUCCAUUAUACUGAUUUUUUCUACAAAAUGUAAAAGCUUGUUUUACAACUUUCAUUGUGCAAUGUAAAUUAAAUGAUUUUUUCCGCCACAAUAAUGCAAUAUUUUAUUUAGUCUUUUAAUUAUCUUUUCUCAUCACACUGAUGUAUGAGCAACAUACUGAUAUGAAGUUCAUUAUUCAGAACAUAAAUGAUUAGAAUCUGUAAUUGAUUGACAGCUCCUUUAGGCUGCAGCAAGGAAAGUGUCAAUUUUAACCGUGAGAACCUGCUGAUGAGAGCGAGGGCAGAGCUGUGCCCUUGAGCACAACAGCAGGUCACCACCCUUUCACAGGUGAAGCACUUUGCAUAAUCUCCUCAUUAAUUAUACCUCUCUGCACACAGGACACAGCAACUCAUGCAGUGAAUACCUAUCAGACCGCAGAACAGAACAUUGAAGAACAUUAUGAGUUCUGAAUGACAAUAUCCUCUGUUAAAUUAACCUGUCCAUAGACAGAGAGAGAUUUUGAAUUAUCUUGAAAUAACUGUUUAAGCAUGCUCAUGCAAAACUUCCUGCCUGUGGUUGCUAGGGUGUUGAGGGUGGUUGCUAAGUUGUUACUUACCAGACAAGACAAAAUGCCCACCCCCAAGUUUCUAUAACAGUGGUUUUCAACCUGUGAGCACACAGUAUUGCAAGGGGGGCACCAAUUAUUAUUAAUAAAAGCAAUCAUUUUAAUAUAUGUCAUCAAGAGGGUCACUGAAAAGAACAAAUACAGAUGUUUCUUCAUUUACAAGUACAGAUGAAUCUUCAGCAAUGCCUGACAUCGAAAGGACAACAAAUAAAGUUAAACAAAGAAAAUACUAUAAUGACUUUUUUGCAUUACUUUUACAUUUUUUUCACUUUACACCUCAUUUAACCAGAAUAAGCUUCACAUCACGCCUGAUCUCCAUUUGCAACUUUCUUCCCUUCAGCCCGACAUAGAGAGCUUAAAUGCUACACAACACUAACCUUCGCAUUAGGUGAAUCACAAAGACUUUAAGUUUUGACAUCUUAUUAUGUGAACAAGUCAAGAAGAGUAUUUUUCAUGUUUAUUAAUUUGUUUCAUGGUUGUUGCCGAUUUCUGCUCAUCCCAACCCUGUCCUGGCUGAUGCCUCUGAUUGAUGACCACUGACAGUAUAUCUGCUGCUGACCGCUGCAUGUUUUUUUCCUGAGCACUGCCAGCCAGAGACUCUCGAGGCUCGGUCAGGCCCGGUUCAAACGAAAACAAGAGCACAGAUUUAGCAAAGUAAGAGUGCAUAUUUGUGUUUGCACUCCAGAGAGCGCCAAAGGUUUCUUUUUACAAUGUGUUACUGCAAUGUUGAGCAAUGUAGCCAAUUAAUGAAUGCAAUGGCCCAUCAAAGGUAUUCAAGUCAGAAUCCACUCACCGCUCAAAAUGCUGGUGUUUUUGUCCAGUAAUGAGUUCUGCACACUUGUGAAUUAAAAUAACAAGAUGUCUUUGUAUCUACAAGUACCAUGUUUACUCCCAGAUGAACCAUCAAUAAUAUACUGUACAUAGCUGUUCUCUUUGUAUCGGAUAGAGACUAUAAUUCCUUUUCCUUUGUUGGAACUAUAAUUCCUUUUCCUACUGCUGACAAGUAGAUACUGCACACUUAAUGACUGAUGAGCUGGACAAAGAAAACAAACAGAGCUGUUGUUCUAAUGACCAGCACUGUUGUUACUAUUGCUAUCACCAAAUGCUCAGACAAUACAAUCAAACCCUCUCUCUAUCAUUUCCCUUCAACAAAACACUUGGCAUCUAAGUUCAGUAUUACACAGAACCUAAAACAUGUGGACAAUGUGAACCUAGUCACCGAUGAUGUGCUGGAACUUUCUUCAAACCUUUUUUGAACAUGCAACUGCUUUCUUUUCCUCUAGUUUCUCACUAUUUUUCUAACCCACCCUGAUGGACAAACAGAGUACAGGCUGGUGCUUUUCUUUUCAGAACUGAUCUGAAAAUAGCCUCACUGUCGAGCCAUAUUUGAAUGAGAGGGUCAUCUGAAUGGCUGCCUAGCACAGGCCCCAGUUCAUUCUCCACUUAGCUGACUGCAAAUAACACCCUGUUGCUUCCAACAUUGCUGCCAUUUAACAUCUGAUUCGUCGACUUGGAUAAACACAAAUGGAAUAAAGUUUAAAAGUCAUGUCUGAUUUCUGUUAAAAAAAUAUUUUAAUGGAUUUUUGGGAUAGUUUUUACUUCCUUCCUUGGUAUAUCUAAGCUGUAGAAGAAGGGAAUGUGUGGAAAGAUAAAAUGAGCUUCCCCUUCCUAUGAACCUCCUCAUUCUCACAACAUGAAGCCAAACACCAGCUCUGACUCAGAGACUGUAACCUAAGCUGACAUUAAACGAGUAUUUCUGUUGUGAUUACAAGGUUUGGAGUCUCUUCUGUAUCACUGGAUCCAGGAGUUGAGGGUCUUUCAAAAAAAAUCUGAUGUCUUUGAAAAGUCAAAGAAAAAUAAUAUACUUUUGGCUAUAAUGCAUUGAUUCAAACAUUUUGGUCCAAUUUAGAUGUAGUCAUUACACAGAACUGACACAUUUUUUUGUUUUAUUCAGCUGUAUUUACUCAGUCCAAGUGAAAGAUAUAACACCGAGAUGUCAGAAAAAAAAUAAAACAACAGAAUCACUGAGUUGGAAAAAGGAUCCA